CACAGUGGAGUCCCUCGAUUCACUGUUACCAAUCAAGAAGACACUGUCACUCAACAGCUAAAUAAUGGAGUUCAGGCCUUAAUGCUUGAUACAUAUGACUUCCGUGGAGAUGUAUGGCUGUGCCAUUCAUUUAAAGGACACUGUUAUGACUAUACUGCAUUUGGGCCUGCUAUUGACACCCUGAAGGAAAUUGAAGCUUUCUUAUCGGCAAAUCCAUCAGAAAUUGUGACAAUAAUAUUGGAAGAUUAUGUUCAAGCCUUUAAAGGUUUGACAAAGGUCUUCACUGAUGCUGGAUUGAUGAAAUACUGGUUUCCAGUAAGGAACAUGCCUAAAAAUGGACAGGAUUGGCCUCUAGUCAAGGACAUGGUCAAAAAUAACCAGAGGCUACUUGUGUUCACUUCAAUUAAUUCCAAAGAAAAAAGUGAAGGAAUUGCUUAUCAAUGGAACUACAUGGUUGAAAAUCAAAGUUGUCCAAAUAGAGCAGAAUCAUCUUCCCUCAGUGAUAAGAGUAAAUCGUUGGUGUUGGUAAAUUAUUUCAGGACUAUUUCCAUGAAGGAACUCGCAUGCAUAGAUAACUCCAGGGAUCUUAUAGACAUGCUUCAUACUUGUUAUGGUGCUGCUGGCAACAGAUGGGCUAACUUUGUUGCUGUUAAUUAUUACAAGAGGAGUCAAGGGGGAGAAUCAUUCCAAGCUGUGGACACUAUCAAUGGGAAGCUCUCGUGUGGAUGUGAUGAUAUCCAUGAAUGUGGGCCUGGUUCAAGUUUAUCAGCAGUCUGCUCUACACAAGAUAAAUUGCAGUGAGAAAUUUUGCAUUACACCUCCAUGAUAUUAAAUUGAUGCACACUUGAAUGAAGUGAGAGGUUAGGAUUAAGUUUUCUUAAUGAUCAAGGAUUGCAUUUAGUGUA